CUCCCUCCUCAGCCCUCAGUCCUCACCACCAUUAUCGAAUCCUUCUUUUUCUCAACAUCCAUACCGAACCCCUUGAGCAUUUUCAUUAGAGAGUGUUCGCAGGUUUUCAGUUCCUGAAGCCAAACUCCAGAAACAGCAUUAAUUUCUAAGUUUAAUUGGCUCUACCACCUCAUCUAAACUCAGGAUCAGUUAGCUAGCUAGCUAUCAUAUGGGUAACUCUGAUUACCACACCCCGCGUGGUGUUGCAGUUCCUCCGCCAAAGCCAUUCUGUUGGGCGGUGAGGACAGCUCUCAAAGAGACUUUCUUUCCUGAUGACCCUUUUAGGCAAUUCAAGAACCAGCCACCUUCUAGGAAGUUUGUGCUGGGGUUACAGUACUUUAUGCCAAUCCUUGAAUGGGCACCUCGCUAUACUUUUCAGUCCUUCAAAUCUGAUUUAGUUGCGGGAAUUACUAUUGCCAGUCUUGCAGUUCCUCAGGGGAUAAGUUAUGCAAAUUUAGCAAGCUUGCCACCCAUUGUUGGAUUAUAUUCAAGCUUUGUACCUCCACUGAUCUACGCCAUGUUCGGAAGCUCCAGAGAUGUGGCAGUGGGGACUAUAGCUGUUGCAUCACUUCUCUUAACUUCCAUGAUUGGGGGUGUGGUUAAUCCAUAUGAGAACCCAAAGCUUUAUUUUCAGCUGGCUGUCACCGCAACCUUCUUUUCUGGAGUUCUUCAAACUGCUCUGGGAUUGUUAAGGCUUGGGUUUAUCGUGGACUUUCUGUCACAUGCAACAAUAGUGGGAUUCAUGGGGGGAGCAGCCACAAUCGUUUGUUUGCAGCAACUAAAAGGGAUGCUUGGUCUCGUUCAUUUUACUCGUGGGACAGAUAUGGUAUCUGUCCUCAAAUCGGUCUUUACUCAAGUACACCAGUGGAGAUGGGAAAGUGCUGUGUUGGGCUGCCUUUUCCUCUUCUUCCUCCUCCUUACCAGAUAUUUUAGCAAGAGAAAACCAGCCUUCUUCUGGAUAAACGCCAUGGCGCCUCUGAUGUCUGUAAUUUUGGGAAGCAUUCUAGUCUAUCUGACCCAUGCUGAGAAACACGGCGUCCAAGUGAUUGGGCACCUGAAGAAAGGGCUGAAUCCACCAUCUCUGUCUGAUCUGGCUUUUGGGUCACCAUAUCUCGUGACAGCUAUCAAAACAGGAGCCGUCACUGGAAUCAUAGCCCUAGCUGAAGGAAUUGCAGUUGGGAGAAGCUUUUCCAUGUUCAAGAAUUAUCACAUUGAUGGGAAUAAAGAAAUGAUCGCUUUUGGAAUGAUGAACAUUGCAGGCUCUUGCACUUCUUGCUACUUGACCACAGGACCAUUUUCCCGAACAGCAGUGAAUUUCAAUGCAGGAUGCAAGUCAGCGGUAUCCAACAUAGUCAUGGCCACAGCAGUUAUGAUAACCCUGUUAUUCCUAACUCCGUUGUUCCAUUACACUCCCCUGGUGGUGCUCUCAUCCAUAAUCAUCGCUGCCAUGCUCGGCCUGAUAGACUAUGAGGCUGCCAUCCAUCUAUGGAAAGUCGACAAAUUCGAUUUCGUUGUGUGCAUGAGUGCAUACAUAGGUGUGGUCUUCGUCAGUGUUGAAAUCGGCUUAACCAUAGCGGUCACCAUGUCCAUGCUAAGGCUGCUGCUAUCCUUGGCAAGGCCGAGGACUCACGUUCUUGGCAACAUUCCCAACACGAUGACAUACAGAAGCAUUGAUCAGUACCCAAAUGCGAACACUGUUCCCGGAAUGCUCAUUCUUCAUAUUGACGCCCCCAUCUACUUUGCCAAUUCUAACUACCUAAGAGAAAGGAUCACGAGAUGGAUAUAUGAGGAGGAAGAUAGGGUAAAAUCCUGUGGAGAGGCCAACUUGCACUAUGUCAUAUUAGAUAUGAGCGCGGUUGGUAGCAUUGAUACAAGUGGGAUGAGCAUGCUUGAUGAGGUGAAGAAGGAUCUUGACAAAAGGGGUCUCAAGCUUGUAUUAGCAAACCCUGGAAGUGAGGUGAUGAAGAAGCUAGACAAGACAGAGUUCAUCCAAAACAUUGGCCAAGAAUGGAUCUAUCUGACAGUGGGAGAGGCCGUGGGAGCAUGCAACUUUAUGCUGCAUACAUGCAAGCGAACUCCCCCCACCCUCAGGAUGCCUCCGGCUGUUGAACUCACUGCACAAGAUAACGUGUGAUGCACCAAAGAUUGAAAAGAGGGGAACUGUCAAAGCCUAUUGGGCCGGACCACAGCCAUGUGGCAACCGGAUUGCCUAAUGAAGAGGCUGCUGCAGCAUCAAAUCCAGAGAGUAUAGAAUAUAAGUUUUUUUUUUUACAAAGAACUUCUAUUAAUCCCAAGGAUCAGAUCAAUGAUUAUGUAUUUGUGGAAUAUUGUCAUCAAAUAAAUUCUGAGUGGAAUGUUUGAGGAAGUGGUUUGCCCCAUAUA